AUGGGAUUUUUAAAAGUAAAGGGAACAAAAAUUGUUGAUGAAAACGAAAAGUUAGUAGUCCUCAAAGGUGCAGCCACUGGUGGCCAUCUUAAUAUGGAGAACUUUAUUACUGGGUAUCCUGGACACGAGACCGAACAUAAAAAGGUAAUCGAAAAUACAAUUGGUAAAGAAAAAAGUGACUUUUUCUUUAAUAAAUUCUAUGAAUACUUUUGGACUGAAGAUGAUGCUAAGUUUUUCAAGCAGUUGGGCUUGAACUGUUUGAGAAUUCCUUUCAAUUAUAGACAUUUCAUUAACGAUGAAGGAGACUUAUUUGAUGUGAAAGAUAUAGGGUUUAAAAGAUUAGAUGCUAUCAUUGACACUUGCUCAAAACAUGGAAUCUACACUAUUUUGGAUUUGCAUUCAGCCCCAGGAGGUCAAAACCAAGAUUGGCAUAGUGAUUCGGGAAUACAUAAGUCUCUUUUCUGGGAGUUUAAGGUUUUUCAAGAUGCUAUAGUUAAUCUUUGGAUCAAGAUUGCUACGUAUUAUCAACAUCAUGAGUACGUUGCAGGAUAUAAUUUCUUGAACGAACCUGCAGUUUCAGAUCAUAGUAAAUUGAUAAAAUACUAUGAAAGAUUAGAAAAGGAAGUAAGGAAAGUAGAUCCAAACCAUAUUUUGUUCCUUGAUGGUAAUACAUAUGCCAUGGAUUUCCGCCAAUUCCCUAAUGAAGUUCUUCCAAAUACGGUAUACGCUAUCCAUGAUUAUUCUCUUUAUGGUUUUCCAUCUAAUGACAAUGACUUAUACAAAGGAAAUAAGGAACAAAAGGAUAAGCUCAAGAGCCAAUAUGAACGUAAAAUUGAGUACAUGAGGGAUCGCAAUGUCCCAGUUUGGAAUGGUGAAUUUGGCCCGGUUUAUGCUUCUGAUUUCAGAGGAGACAAGGAUCCUGAUUUGACUAAUUUGGCACGGUAUCAAGUCCUAAAGGAUCAAUUAGAAGUAUAUAAAAGUGGUGAUCCAUCUGGGGACAAGUCUCCAAUUAGUUGGUCCAUCUGGUUAUACAAGGAUAUUGGAUUUCAAGGUAUGACAUAUGUAUCCCCAGAAUCAAAGUGGUACAGUCUUUUCGGAAAGUGGCUUGCAAAGAAAAAGGAUUUAGGUCUUGAUAGAUGGGGUAAUGAUAUUGAUCCAAAUAAUGCCAAGUUAUACACAGACUUAGAAAACCACAUAUUGUCUAAUGUACCUGAGAAACAUCGUAAAGCCCUUUACCCACAUAAUUGGACUGUGAAGGACUACCUUGCAAGGGUCACUAACGAAAUGUUGUUUAGUCAGUAUGCUCAACAUGAAUACGCAGAUUACUUUAAAGAUUUAAGUUUCGAGCAGUUAGAUGAAUUGGCAGCCUGUUUUAAAUUCGAGAACGUUGAGAAAAGACAAGAAUUAAAUAACAUUUUGAGUAAUUAUUAA